CCGGGGCCGGGAACCCGAGCCGCCCGCCGGGGCAGGGCAGAGCCGGGCCGGGGCCAGAGGCGCAGUCAGAGGGAGAACAGCGGGCGCGCGCGGGCGGCUCCGGCUCCAGCUCCGGCUCCGGCCCGGCAGAGGCACGAUGGCGAGCAGCGACAGCACCUACGCCGCGGAGAGUCCCCUCGGCUCCGACGGGGACGAGGAGGCCACCCGAAGGCUGGAGAGCGACGAGGAAUCGGAGAGCGAGGAGGCCGAGACGGCCGCGGAGUCGGAGGAGGAGCCGGACGCCAGAUUAUCAGACCAGGAUGAAGAGGGCAAGACCAAGCAGAAGUGUAUCAUAUCUGACCCCUCCUUUUCCAUGGUGACAGUUCAACGGGAAAAUAGUGGAAUAACCUGGGAGACCAAUUCAAGCAGGUCUUCCACUCCUUGGGCCUCGGAAGAGAGUCAGACUUCUGGUGUGUGUAGUCUGGAAGGGUCAACUGUGAAUUCUCCUCCAGGGAAUGUUUCCUUUAUUGUGGAUGGAGUUAAAAAGGUUCGGAAAAGAACGCCCAAGUCAAAGCGUGGCUCACCAUCACUGCGUCGGAAAGGCAACAAAAAGAGAAAUUCUCUUGAAUCUCAAGAUGUUCCAGCAAACACAAAAGAUAAUCCUUUAAUUUCAGAAAGCCAGGUAUUAAGCACCCAGAAAGAGAAGUCAUCUACUGGCAUUUAUGAUAAAACGAGAAAAAAGACCACCUCAAAUACACCUCCUAUUACCGGGGCAAUAUACAAAGAACACAAGCCCUUAGUGUUAAGGCCAGUCUACAUAGGAACAGUACAGUAUAAAAUUAAGAUGUUUAAUUCAGUUAAAGAAGAAUUAAUUCCUCUACAAUUUUAUGGAACAUUGCCAAAGGGUUAUGUAAUUAAAGAAAUACAUUAUAGGAAGGGGAAAGAUGCAUCCAUUAGUCUAGAGCCAGAUAUGAGCAAUCGUGAUUCUAAUAUAGUUUCUCAAACAAGCAAAUUAGUAGGCCAAAACAUAGAAGAUGAUAAGGUAAAAGAGUUUGCUUCACCCUGGAAAGCUGCAUCCUCUAAAGGAUCAGAGUCCUUGACUUCCUCAUUCAGUCGUGAAGAUGAAAAGAAAAUUUACGUUGAUUCUCCACUAAAGGCCGCAUCUGCCACCAAGCACACAGUUUCUUCUUAUGCAAGUAUUGACACAGCAGAACUAGAAAUACAGCUCAUCCCUCCACAGUUAGUGCCACGACAGCCAGGUGAUGAAGCAAAACUCCAUGAAAUGGAGCCUUCCUCUCUUACACCUGAUACAUCUACAACUGGGUUCCUGGAAACAGCGAAAGAAGAAUUUGAGCCUGAUUCACAAGAAAUGGUAACUUCAGUCUUACCACCAUUAGUGGAUGAGGUAAAGAAGGAAGAUAUGUAUUCUGUUGACCAUUCCAUUUCAUUGGAGGCAGAAAAGGAUUCUCUGGAAACAGGUGCACCAGGUCUGGCAGCAUCCAUCGAGGAAGAUUUUGGCCCAGAGACAACAGAGCUGGACCUGACUUCACCAGAAAGGGCAGAACCAGUCUCUAAACAACAACCCCCCCCUCCUUAUCGUGAUGUCAAAGGAAUGGAGGAAGAAAACGUGCCUGAGCCAUCCAUUUCUCUUUCUGAACCUCUAGUGUUAGAGGAACCAAAGAAAGAAGAAGUUGAAACUUCUCUACCGAUAACUGCUACCCCUGAACCUGAAGAUUCUAAUUUAGUGGAAGAAGAGAUCAUAGAACUUGAAUACCCAGAGAGUCCAUCUAUUUCCAAGAAGCCCUUCUCACCAUAUUUGGCCACUGAAGUGGAGCAGAAAGAAGAGGAGAUCCUUUUACCAUCACUGAAAACAUCCACACCUGAACAUGUUGCUUCAUCUGAGGAAGAAAGAGAGGAAAAUGAGUCUGUUUCUACUGAUUCUGCUUUUGUAUCAGAGUAUUCAGUCCCACAGGAUUUGCACCAUGAACUAGAGAAGCAAGAAGUUGAGCCAGUUUCUCCAUCCACUGUAAAAGGUAUAUCUGAACAUGCAAUCUUUUCAGAAGAGGAGAAUGAGGAAUUUGAGCCUUUGGCCUCUGCAUCUGAGUGCUCUCUGUCACCAUCUACAACUGAGCAGACUUCUGAAUGCCAGUCCCCUCAGUUUUCAGCAGCUUUCUCAGAACACGUGGUCCUGUCCGGAGAAGAAGCUUCAGAAAGUGGAUGUUACACACCAGAUUCCACAUCUGCUUCUGAAUAUUCAACUCUAUCCCAGGCAACGAAAGGGUCACCGAUGAAAACAAUUGACCUAAAGUCCCCAUUAAAAUCAAAAGAUGUUUCUGAGCACACGAUUUUGUCAGAAGAAAAGAAGGAAGACACUGGAUUGUGUUCCCCAAAUGUGGCCUCUGUCUCUGAAUGCUCUCUCUCACCAUCCACAGCUGAGCAGACUUCUGAAUGCCAGGCCCCACUGUUUUCAACUGCUACAUUGGAACAGGCAGUCAUGUCAGAAGAAGAGGAUCUAGGAAGUGAGGAUUUCACAGCAGAUUCAACAUUGACUUCCCAAAAUGCAGUUCCACCAAAUGCAACACAGGAAUCCCCAAAGGAAAUAAUUGAUGAUGUGUCCCCAUUAAAAUCGAAAGGUGUUUCUGAGCACAUGAUUUUGUCAGAACAAAAGAAGGAAGACACUGAAUUGUGUUCCCCAAAUGUGGCCUCUGUCUCUGAAUGCGCUCUCCAGCCAUCCGCAGCUGAGCAGACUUCUGAAUGCCAGGCCCCGUCAUUUGUAGCUACCCCAUCUGAGCAUAUUGUCCUAUCAGAAGAGACAGUAGAAAUUGAGCGGUACACACCCGACUCCACCUCGACUUCUGAAUUUUCAGUACCACCAUACGCAACACCAGAAUCACAGGAGGAAGAAAUUGUCCACAGAUCCCCUUUAAACCUAAAAGGUGCCUCCUCACCCACGAAUUUCUCAGAAGAAGAGCAAGACAUUGGACUUUUUUCUCCAGACUCAGCAUUUGUGUCAGAAUUCUCAUUUUCACCCUAUGCAACUCAGGAAACGGAGAAAAGAGAAUUUGAAUGUGAUUCUCCAAUAUGUUUAACAUCACCAUCUGAGCACACUAUUUUGUCAGAUGAAGACACUGAGGAAGUUGAACUUUUUUCUCCAGACUCAGCAUCACAAGUUUCAAUCCCACCAUAUAGAAUCCCAGAAACAAAGAAAAAUGAAUUUGAGCAUGAUUCACUGGUAACUGCAAUAUCUGCUUCUGGAUAUUCUGGCUCUUCAGAAGCAGAUGAGGAAGACACUGUGCCAACAGCUGCCGCACCCAUACCUGAGCACCUCGGUUCAUCUCAGAAGCAACAAGCCAAACCUUCCCCUUCAAUGUCUGCACCCAAAGACUUGAGUCUGCCAUCUUCAACAAAUGAAAGAGAGAUCACAAAAGUUGAGCCAGAUGCUCAAACAACCUCAGUGUCUGUAUCUGAAUAUCUCAUUUUGACACAGCAGCAUAUAACUCAAGCAUUUCCAGAACCCGAGUCUGAAGACUUGAUUUCACCAUAUUCAACCAAUGAAACAGAGAAGGGAGAAAUUCAGACUAGUUCACCAGUAGCUGCAACACCUGUUUCUUUACCUGCACAAUCAUUUACAGUAAGGGAAGACACCAAACCAGUUUUGCAUUCAUCUCAAUAUUCAGUUUCACCUGAUUCAGUCCAUGCACUUCAGAAAGAACAAGAAGCCAAAGCAUCACUCACUCCAAAAGCUGCAAAUGAACAGAUGGCUUUGUUAAAAGUUAAAAGUAAGGAAGAAAUUGUGCCUGAUUCUCAAGAAGCUACAGCACAUGUAUCCCGGGAUCAAGAAAUGGAGCUUCAACCUCCAAAUGUUCUAGGGUCUGGGAUGAAAUAUUCAGUUCUGCCUGACUUGGUAGAUGAGCCAAAGAAGGAAGUGAAACCCAAUUUAGCUCCCACUGUGACAUCUGAACUAGAACAGAGAAUGUUGUCAGAGAAUGAGCCUGAGGUAAUAAAACCAUAUUCACCUCUAAAGGACACGUCUUUAUCUGGACCUGAGAUUUUAUCUGCAGUAAAAAUGCAAGUGAAACACGACUCUAAAACAGCUGAUACAUCUAGAGUGUUGCAUUCAGCUCCACCAGGAGUGCAAGAGGAAGCUGAACAUGGACCACCCGCACCAGAAUUUUUGGAAGAAAUAAAGAAAGAAAUUGAACCCAGUUGUUCAAUAACCACAUCUGUAACUAAGCAUGAUUCAAGCUUACCCAAGUUAGGAAAAGAAGAAACCCCAACAGAUUUAUCUUUUACCACCCCUAUAGAACAUCCAGUCUUAACAAAAAUAGAAAAGAGUGAAUUAAGAAGUGGUUUGCCACCACUGGUGACAUCUAUAGAUGAGCAUUCACUUCUUCAAGAAGAAAAGGUAGCAAGGAAAAUGAGUUCUUCUCCCACUGUAACUGCGGCAUCUGAACAUCCAGCUUGGUCAGAAGCAGAGAAAGAAAUUAAAUUUGAUUCACCUGCAAGAAUAUCCUCUCUAUCAGAUCAUUCUUUGUCCAAGGUAGAAACUGAAGAAUUUAAACCUGGGUUGCCAAUAACCAAAGCAUCAUCUUCUCAGCUUUCAGAUGUAUCUAAGGAAGAGAGGGUGGAAGAUGAACAAGGUCUUUCAUUUUCUACAGUCCUUGACUCUGAACAACUGGUUUUAUCACAGAAAAAGAAUUCUGUGUCUGCCUCAGAGGUGUCAGGGCCUGAACAUGUGCUUUUGCUCAACCAAGGUGGUGAGGUGAAGAAAAAAGAAACUGAACUUGCUUCUUCGCAAGACAUGUCACCCACACCCAAACAUAUAGUUCUGAAAGACAAAAAUGAGGAAAUGGAAAGUUCUUCUCCUGAGUUGGAAAAUUUAGUGUCAGCAGACUUAACUUUGACCCCCAGAGAUAAUAAGAACAAACAGACACUGGAGCCAUCUUCUACAGCUCAGGGAGAUUUCCUGUCAGAAAGACAAGAUCUUGCUCUGGCGGAGCUUUCUUUGGAACUUGAAAAGAAAGACAAGCCACACCAAGUAUCAGAAUUACCAAGCACUGAGUCAGAAUUCACUUAUAGUUUAGGUGGGCAAGAUGGAUCCGUAGAUACAAAACAAAUAAAAUCUCCCAUAACCGAAACAGAGGAUUCUGUCUUAGAAAAGGGCCUUGCCGAGCUUAGGAGCAGAAGAGAAGGAAAAGAAGAAAACAGGGAACAUCAUGUGUCAACUACAGUUGACCCUGAAAUUUCAGAGGUUUCAUCAUGCCUAAGGAAGGAACCUCAGAUUCAAGAAAUUAAAUCUUUCUCCCCCAAGGUAGUCAGCUUAGGGUCAAAAGAAGCAUUGACCCCUCUAGUUGAAGGAGACAGCCCCAAAGAACCUCAACCACAUACCUUUUCUUUAAAAGGAUUAUCAGAGAAGUUGAACCAUUCAGCUGACAUUAAAACGGGAGAGAAACAAGAAAUAAGCCCAUUACUGUCAACAGGAAAUUUGAAGACACAAGUGAUAGGAUAUAUUGAAACAAAACUAAAUGAAGAAACAGACCAACCAAAUUCAUUCUGUGUGCCCCAGAGUGUAACAGAACCAUCAAAGAUUGUUUCUUCUGACCUUGUGGAACAAGAGAAGCCUAGAAAAGCACUUCAUUCAGAUCAAGGUGUUAAAUUACCUGAUGUAAGCAUGUCUUUUGCAGAUAAGCAAGAUCUAGGUGUUAAACAAUUUUUAUUUAUGAAAGAGAAUUUGCCUUUGGAAGAAUCAAAAUCAUUUAUCACAAUUGAGCCUGCAGAUGUUAAAGAAACACAAAUGCAAGAGGCCCUUUUUGUUCCAAAGGAUGAAAGCUGGAUGCUGGAAAAGCCAGAAAGGGAUCUGGCAAGUCAACAUGAAGAAAGAAUACCGGGAUCUGUGGAGCUGGGUUCCUCUGGCAGUAAUGAUUUGAUGACAGGGCAGCUCAAGGCCGCUCUGCUGGAUAAAGACCAUACAUGUGAAACCAGAAAGCAGCCUCUGCCACAUUCUGCUGAAGAAUCUCCUUUAUCAUUACGAGAGCCAGUAUCUACUCUCAAUACCUCCAGUGGUGAGGUAGAGACCUUAUCAACUAAAACUUACUCUUCUGAAGAAAUAAAGCUGGCUCCCAAACCAAAAUCUUUCACUCCAACUAGAAAUGUAGAGAGAAAUGAAGCAGAGGGGAAGCAGAUCUUCUCUUUUGUGGGGAAUGGAAGUUUGAUACUGGAGAAAACAAACACAGAAUUUUCCAGGCCUUGCAAAGAAGGCAGCCAGGAAGAAAUCAAACUACCUUCUGAAAGAAUCCACCAAAAACCAGUGUCUGACCCAUCAAGGGAACAGAUCAAAUCAGAAAUUAUUCCCUCUCCCACCAAAGCAGCCCAUUUCCUGGCAGAAGAUUCAGAACCUGCCUUGGGCAAUGAAAAAGAAGCACACAGGAGUGUAUCUCCUUUAGCUGGAGAGAAGUCAUUAGAAGAAGCAAAAAUGAUUCAGUCAAAGGUCGUGGAUGAUGUUAAUGAGAGAGGGAAGCCAGCAUCUGAAGUGAAAAUAAAAAUACCCACACCAAUAAAACCCCUCUCCUCAAGGCAAGAAAAUGAAGAACCCCAACCCGCAGAGCCACCUGAGGUGACACAAAAGUUGCCUAAGAAGCCAGAGGCAGUUGAGCGAGGCCUUUCUGAGGAGAAGGGGAAGAAAGGAAUUUUAUCUUUCACAUCAUGGAUGUCCAGUUUGUUUUUUGGCUCAAGCACUCCAGAUAAGAAAGUUGCUGAAAAAGAUUUAGAAACUCAGCCAAGUCCAUCUGCAGAAAAAGCAGUGCCUUUGACAGAGUCUGAAGGAACAGCUUCAGCUGACUCUAAUGCAACCGAGAAACCAGCUGAUCGUCUGUUACCAGAGGCAAAACUUAAAAUUGCUGAAAAAUCCAGAGGCACUUUAGUUAAAUCUGGUGAAGGCCAAGACUUUGAAGAAAAACCCACAUCUUUAUCAAAUGUAGCAAUUUUACAACAGCCAAAAUCCAACUUUGAGGUGUCUAGUGAAGAUUAUGGGAAAAAAGAAAUUCUAGACUAUUCAGAGGAAAUGGACCUAAACUCGGUAGUUUCUUCUGCGGAUGGUGAGGAACAUCUUGAAAUUCAAUCUCAUUCUCCCAUGGGUGAGAAAUCCAUUGUGGGAGAAGUGCAAAAUGCGGUUCCUCUUCAUAUCACUGAUAGUAAAAGAGCCCAGAAGCCAGAAAUUUCUGAUCCAUCUAAAUGGAAUAUUUCUAUUCUUAAGAAAGAGCCAAGAAGUGAUCAAAAAGAAAAAUCACUCUUUUCAUUUGAUGCAGUAGAUAAGGUGCCACAACAGCCAAAAUCAGCUUCAUCUAGCUUCACAAGUAAAAAUAUCACGAAGGAAUCGGAGAAGCCAGAGACAAUAAUUUUGCCAGUAGAAGAAUCUAAAUGCAGCUUAAUUGAUCUGGGUGAAGAGAGACCGAAGAAAGAAAUGCUAAAACCUACCUCCUUGAAAACUUCUGCAGAGGAAACAAAACUCGGGUCUGUUAGCCCAACUGAGGAGAAAGGUGACUUGGAGACCAGAUCAUAUUCCGUGGCAGAAAACAAGGUGCUGGCAGAAAAGCCAGAAACUGUGGCCCCAUUAGAACUUCGAGAUAAUGACAUAGGGAGGGCACAAAUUGCACAUGGAUCUAGCCCUAUUAAAUUGGAAGAAUCAAGAGCUGCAACCGUGCUGCAGCAAGUCUCCCAAAAUGAAGACCGCAAAGAAGGACGCACAAUAAUGAAGCAGGAGAAAGAAGAAAAACAAAAGCUGUCACAAGUAUUUUCAGGAGGAAAGCAGCAGCAGGAAAUUCAGCCUUAUUCUGUGAAUGUAGUCAGGUCUAUGCCUGAAGAAUCAGGUAUCUCCUUAAGUCCUCCUUUGGAUGAAACACAGCCAUUUUCAUUAGUUAAAACCAUAUCAGUUACUGAAAAAUCAGAAACUCUGCUCUUGGAGGGCCACCCAGAAAUCAGGGAAACAAGGGCAGUAGGAACUCAACCACAUCCAAGAGAAGAAAGUAAAGUUUUGGUAGAGAAAAUCAAGACGUUCCUUCCAGAGGAUCUUCCUUAUCAUGAUGAAAGAGAUAACUACUCUUUACCUAAGGAAGGCAAUCUGAUAUUGGAAAAGUCAAGCAGGGAUAUGGCAAGUCACAAUGAAGAAAAGGGACAGAUCACAGCGGCAGAGCCAUUGAAAGAUGGUUCAAUAGAUAUCACAAAAGAAAGUAUGAAACAAGGAUCUCCAUCUAAAGAAUCUGAAAGGAUUUUAGAUCAUCGUUUUGAUGAAACAAAGAGCUUAGAAACCCCACCAUAUUUGUUGUCAUCUGCAAAAUCACAAACACUUGUUUCAGGAACUUCUCCAGAAAUUAAUACAGUGGAGAAACAAGAAAUGCUGGGGUCAGAUUUGACUCCAGAUAGGCAUACAGUCCAUACUAUCCAAACUUCUGAAGAUCUAACAUCUGAAAUGUCUAAGCAAUCGGUUCUUGCUUCAGAGCAGCAUAUGGAGGCUGUGGAAGAUGCCCACAUAUCUUCAGCAAGUAGCAACUAUGCUCAGUUUAUAAAGAAUGCAUCAGCAAUCAAUGCUGGUAGAAGGGUUCCUGCUAGAGAAAGAUCCAAGGAGCCUGAAGACACAUAUGUGGAAGAUGAAGACUUCACAGUGACUAGUAAGCCAGCUGGACUUUCAGAAGAUCAAAAGAGUGCCUUCAGUAUUAUUUCUGAAGGCUGCGAGAUAUUGAAUAUUCAUGCUUCUGCAUUUAUUUCUUCAGUUGAUCAGGAAGAAAGUGAACAAAUGCAAGAUAAGCUAGAAUAUUUGGAAGAGAAGGCUUCAUUUAAAAUUAUAUCCCUUCAUGACAGUAGUGAGGCCGUUUCUUGCCAUAAAACAUUAAAGAGUAAGUUAGAAGAUUCUGAUCAAGUUACAUCACUGCAAGACAAUAAACAAAAGGAAUCUCUUAACAUAAAACGGGAGGUAGCCACAGAUUCAGAAACUGAUGAUUUCAACUUUAAUCAGCCCACAGCUCCCAGUGAAGAAGAUUAUUUUGAAAAAUAUACAUUGAUUGAUUAUAACAUCUCCCCAGCCCCAGAAAAACAAAAAGCUCCAUGGAAAUUAAAUGUUGAGGGGGAACUCCCAAAGGAAGUUACAGAAGAUACUGUCUCUUUCCCAGAAAGUUCAGAGGAAAGUGCCUUGGAAUAUGACUUGGUGAAGUUAGAUGAAAGCUUCUAUGGGAUGGAGAAGGACUACAGCAAAUUAUCUCACCCAGAGACCCAGAAGCCUUUGGAUAUCCAGCCAUCAGCUGACAGAGAUGCCUCAAAGAGCAUAAAUAGAGAGGUGGACUUAAAGUCACCGGGGAUGCCUUUAUUUGGUGCAGAGGAAGGAGUUUUGUCACGGACCCAGAUCUUUCCUACCACCACUAAAGCCAUUAAUCCCGAACUUCUGGAGGAGCCACCUGCAUUUGCAUUUUUAUACAAGGAUCUGUAUGAAGAAGCAGUUGGAGAGAAAAAGAAGGAAGGGGAGACAGCUUCUGAAGGUGACAGUGUGAAUUCUGAGGCAUCGUUUCCAAGCAGGAAUUCUGACACCGAUGAUGGAACAGGAAUAUAUUUUGAGAAGUACAUACUCAAAGAUGACAUUCUCCAUGACACAUCUGUAUCUCAAAAGGACCAAGGCCAAGGUCUGGAAGAAAAAGCAGUUGGUAAGGAUGAUUCAUACCAACUGAUAGCUGCAGAAGGGGAAAUUUGGGGGAGGUUUGGAACUAUUUUGGGGGAGAAGAGUCUGGAAGAGGAACAGAAAGCUACUUACAGGGAAGGAGACUCAGUAUGCCAUGUGGAGACCCUUGACAAGGAAGCUAUGCAGGGGGAAGCUCCCAUCACUGAGGAAGUCACAGUGGUUACCCAGAAGGUAAGCUAUGCGGUUCCAUUUGAAGACACCCAUCAUGUCCUGGAGAGAGCGGAUGAAACGAGCAGUCAGAGUAAUGAAGCAGCAAGUGCAAGUCCAGAAGUCAACCUGAACAUCCCAGUACAAGUGUCCUUCCCAGAGGAAGAACUUGCAUCUGGCGUAACUUGUGUUCAAGAAACACUGCAAGAAGAACCUAAAAUAAUGAUCCCACCUGAGCCAGGUGAAGACAGACUCUGCAGUAGCCCUGUUCAGGAUGAGUAUGAAUUUGCCGAAUCCCUGAAUUAUGAAAUGGUUGCUCAAGACACUUUAUCAGAGGAACUGUAUUCAGAAUCCACGCCUGAAGAUGUGUUAUCUCAAGGAAAGGAAUCCUUUGAACACGUCAGUGAAAAUGAAUUUGUGAGUGAGGUAGAACAAAGUAUGUCUGCCAGACAGAAGGAGUUGGGCAGAGAGAAGACAGAACAAGAACAAUUGUCAUCAGAGUCAGCAACUGAGAAGGAACAGAGGGAACCAAAAAAGUCCCAGAUCGACACAUACUGUUACACUUGCAGAAGCCCAAUUUCUGCUGUUGACCAGAUGUUUGGCAUGCACAAGGACCAUGAGGUUGCAACACUUGAUACAGCGAUAAGUGCUGUAAAGGUCCAAUUAGCAGAAUUUCUUGACAAUUUACAAGAAAAGUCCUUGAGGAUUGAAGCCUUUGUUAGUGAGAUAGAAUCUUUUUUUAAUACCAUUGAGGAAAACUGUAGUAAAAACGAGAAAAAGCUAGAAGAACAGAAUGAGGAGAUGAUGAAGAAGGUUUUAGCACAGUAUGACGAGAAGGCCCAGAGCUUUGAGGAAGUGAAGAAGAGGAAGAUGGAGUUCCUGCAUGACCAGAUGGUCCACUUUCUGCAGAGCAUGGACACAGCCAAGGACACCUUGGAGAGCAUCAUGAGAGAAGCGGAGGAGCUCGACGAGACCGUUUUCCUGACUUCAUUUGAGGAUAUCAAUGAAAGGUUGCUUUCUGCAAUGGAGAGCACUGCCUCUUUAGAGAAAAUGCCUGCUGCGUUUUCACUUUUUGAACAUUAUGAUGACAGCUCAGCAAGAAGUGACCAGAUGUUAAAACAAGUGGCUGUUCCACAGCCUCCUAGAUUAGAACCUCAGGAAGCAAAUUCUGCCACCAGCACCACAAUUGCAGUUUAUUGGAGCAUGAACAAAGAAGAUGUCAUUGAUUCAUUCCAGGUUUACUGCAUGGAGGAGCCACAGGAUGACCAAGAAGUAAACGACUUGGUAGAAGAAUACAGAUUGACAGUGAAAGAAAGCUACUGCAUUUUUGAAGAUUUGGAACCUGACCGAUGCUAUCAAGUGUGGGUAAUGGCCGUGAACUUCACUGGAUGUAGCCUGCCCAGCGAAAGGGCAAUUUUUAGAACAGCCCCUUCCAGCCCUGUAAUCUGCGCCGAGGACUGUACGGUGUGUUGGAACAUGGCCACCAUCCGAUGGCAGCCCGCCAACCCAGAGGCUACUGAGACCUAUACUCUGGAGUACUGUAGACAGCACUCUCCAGAGGCUGAGGGCCUCAGAUCAUUCUCUGGAAUUAAAGGACUCCAGCUGAAAGUUAACCUCCAACCCAAUGACAAUUACUUUUUCUAUGUGAGAGCCAUCAAUGCCUUUGGGGCGAGCGAGCAGAGUGAAGCUGCUCUCAUUUCCACCAGAGGAACCCGAUUUCUUCUGUUGAGAGACACAGCUCAUCCUGCUCUGCAGAUUUCCUCAAAUGGGACAGUGAUCAGCUUCACUGAGAGGAGACGGUUGACAGACAUCCCGUCAGUGCUGGGCGAGGAGCUGCCUGCAUGCGGCCAGCAUUACUGGGAAGCCACGGUCACGGACUGCCCGGCUUACCGACUUGGCGUCUGUUCCCGCCUGGCAGUGCAGGCUGGUGCCCUGGGACAAGGGGAGACUUCGUGGUACAUGCACUGUUCUGGGCCGCAGAGAUACACAUUCUUCUACAGUGGCAUAGUGAGCGAUGUCCAUGUGACUGAGCGUCCCGCCAGGGUGGGCAUUCUGCUGGACUACAGCAACCAGAGGCUUCUCUUCAUUAAUGCUGAAAGUGGACAGUUGCUCUUCAUCAUCAGGCACAGGUUCACUGAGGGCGUUCACCCUGCCUUUGCCCUGGAGAAACCUGGCAAAUGUACUUUGCACCUGGGGAUUGAGCCCCCAGAUUCUGCAAGGCACAAGUGAUCAUUGGCUUUCAGAGUUUGCCAGAGCAAUCAUUCACAUUUCGGGGGUCUGUUGUUCUUUCCCUCGGGUGCUAUGUAUUAUUCAAAACGUCUCGCACACAUUCACACUAAUGGUCGCUGCACGCACAGCGCUCAGCACGUGAGCACAACCACCAAGGAAACCUUGACUUUCUAGGUAGCGUGUGAGUAAAGAGGAUGGAAGAACAGCCUCCGCCCUUUGCCUUCUAUAUGUGUGAGUGCUUCCCUAAAUUGAAAGGAUUUAUGCCUGACUUGGGAACCAAAGCAGAGAAGUGGUCUUCCACCUGUUGUAGUGGCAAAAGACAUCCUCGGAUGGACAGGUCUGAGCGAGGGGAAGGCUGUGUUAGUCCUACAUCUCUGACAAGAAUCAUGGGCUUUUUCCCUACAAGAGAGGUCACCUCACUCCACUAAAGGAUGAUGUUUUCUAAUCACUAGAGAAGGUAUUUUAACUGUUCUAAGUUGACAACAAACUCUUUUGUAAUAAGAAAAAUCUUAUUAAUAUGUACUGUAGAACAUGAGUCUCUUUUCCCCGAAAUUUAAAUGUAGACAAGUGCUAGGUAUUAGAGAUUUCCAUUUUGUUAAAUAAAUGCUUAGAGUCUAUAAAACAAAA